UAGUGAGAUUUUUUUCAAACAGAAAAAAAUCCGGUUUUUUGUGUCAUUUUUUUCGAUCAAUAUUAAACCGACAAAUCGACAUUAUAUAAUCAUCAACAUUAAACCAUUAUUAUCAUCACCACCAAAACAAAAAUGCAGGUCGAUUUUGAAAAUGCAUAUGCCGUUGCACGGCAAACGAUAUCGCGUUUUCGUACCCGUGACAAAGCCGAACGUAUGUUCGACGAUGAUGAUAUACGACAUACUCGUGGUGAUGCUCCUGAUCUCAUUAGCAAAUUAGGAGAUAAUGAACGUGAUGGCUCUAAUCAACCACCAUAUGAUGAUGAUCCGAAUCAUAAAAUGUUCAAAGGACGUGGAGAACGAUGGGAAAAAUUUAUGGAACCAAAUUGUCCAUUUUUUCCAAAUAUGACAAAACGUUAUACUAUUGCCAUAUUGAGCUCAAUCGGUUUCAUGAUUAGCUUUGGUAUACGUUGUAAUAUGGGCGUUGCUAUUGUGGAUAUGACCAGUAAUAAAACUGGCGUUCCUGAAUUUGAUUGGACUCCAGAAACAAUCGGCGUUGUGGAUUCAUCAUUUUUUUGGGGUUAUCUUGUCACUCAAAUACCGGGCGGUUUUCUUGCCGCUAGAUAUCCAGCCAACAGAGUAUUUGGUACUGCUAUUGCAGUGUCAGCAUUUCUUAACAUGUUACUUCCUUGUGCGGCCAAAAUGCAUCCAGGUUAUGUGAUGUUUGUCCGUAUAUUACAAGGUCUAGUAGAAGGUGUUACAUAUCCAGCUUGUCAUGGUAUAUGGCGACAUUGGGCACCACCAAUGGAAAGAUCACGUCUGGCAACAUUAGCAUUUUGUGGUUCAUAUGCCGGUGCUGUUGUUGGCUUACCAAUGUCCGGUCUAUUAACCGAAAUUUUAGGUUGGGAGACUUGUUUCUAUUUCUAUGGAAUGUUAGGCCUUGGUUGGUAUGCAGUAUGGCUAUGGUUAUCAUUUGAAAGACCGUCCAAACAUCCAACUAUUACUCGUGAAGAAUUGGCAUAUAUUGAAAAUAGUCUCGGUCCUGUCACAAGUAAACCACCAACCCUUCAUUCAACGCCCUGGGGUGAAAUAUUCCAUUCGAUGCCCGUAUAUGCAAUUAUCAUCGCCAAUUUUUGCCGUUCAUGGACAUUCUAUCUACUGUUGAUUUCGCAACCAAUGUACUUUAAAGAAGUAUUCAAUUUUGACGUAGAAAAAUCUGGAUUAUUGGGUGCAUUGCCACAUCUAUGUAUGACAUUUGUUGUACCAAUCGGUGGUCAUCUUGCUGAUUUUCUUCGUCGAUCUGGACAGCUAACGACGACAAACGUUCGUAAAGUAUUCAAUUGCGGUGGUUUUGGUAUGGAAGCGUUUUUCCUUAUUCUUGUCGGUAGUACCGAUAACACUACAUUUGCAAUCAUAUGUCUAACAUUGGCUGUCGGUUUUUCCGGUUUUGCCAUUUCUGGAUUCAAUGUCAAUCAUUUGGAUAUCGCUCCAAGAUAUGCUUCCAUUUUGAUGGGAAUUUCCAAUGGUUUUGGUACAUUAGCUGGUAUGCUAUGUCCAAUUGUCGUGAAUUUAAUGACCAAAGAAAGGACAUCAACCGAAUGGCAAGAUGUAUUUAUAUUGGCCGGUGUAAUACAUUUAGGCGGCGUAAUUUUCUAUGGAAUUUAUGCUUCCGGUGAAUUACAGCCAUGGGCUGAACCGCCAAAAGAUGAACAAUUACAAUUAGAAGAAACACAAUUACCACCAGCAACGCAGCCACCUGCUUAUGAUUAUAUUUAUCAAGAUGGUAGACAACAACCAGGUUGGAAUGAUACGACAACUACAUCGACAUAUCCAACUUGGGAUGAUGGUACUGUUGGUGGUGGUGGUGGUGUCAGUACAAAUCCAUUUGGUACAGGAACGGCUCCUAAUUAUGAUCCGAACCAAGCUUGGGAUCAAUCAAAUAAUAAUAACUAUCAAACAACAACAACGACGACGACGAAUACAUCCAAUUAUGGAACGAUGGAUAAUAAUAAUCAAGCAACAUUCUAUGAGACUCGUGCUCAAUAUGUACAACCUGGAUCAGGAUAUUGAUACCCUAAUCAUCAAAUAUAUAGAUUCAUAGUGUUAGUGUGAAUGUGUUUGUGUGUAAAUGUGUGUGUGUGUGUGUGUGUGUGUGUGUGUGUGAGUGUGUGUUCGUUUGUGCAUUUGGCUGUGGCCACAAAAAAUUGCUUCAUAACUUAUCAUAUUAUCAUUCAGAAUUUAUCAACAAAUGUAGAUAUUUUUAUCAAUUGCCGACAAUCUAAUAUAUAAUAAUA